GAAAAAUUAUGUUUUGGAACGCAACCAUCUGAACUACACCGGAAAAUGGAAUGCUGCAUGUUAAACCGGAGCCACGUGAAAAGAACUUUUGAGUAUUUCCUACCUCGGACACUUUUGUUUGACAUUUGACAGUACAGUAAUGCAAUUGUUUUUUGUUUUUUGUUUUGUUUUGAGCGUUUUCAAGUGUGUUGAUGUUUUCGACUUCGACUUUUUCAGUUUCUCGUUUCUCUCGGCUCUCUAUGUGAGUGUGAGCUUAUUUUCUUGAAAAAUUAGAAAAAAAAACAAAGGAUAACAGCGGAAACUUCUUUGGAAAAAAACGCAACAGCUGUUUGCAUAUCGAAUAAUUAGAUGAUUUAACUUAUCAUCAUCGUAACGACAUGAAUUCUAGUGAAGACGAUGUUAAUAAACUACAAAAGGAGCUUAUAAAAGCUCGGCAAGAACUUCACAAUAUCAGAACACAACUAAAAUCAUUACAACAUAUACAUGGCAAAGACAUCAAUAAAAUAACCAAAACCCUUGAAGAAUGGCAAUCUGGAGACUAUAAUAAAUGUGAAUUAAGCUCCGAACCUUCCAGUUCAAAACCUUGCAAAGACAAAGAAAUUACAUUCAAGCCAAUUGGAAUAAUACAUUCCGAAUUCCCUCGCAUAAGAGGCACACCAAGACAACCUACAAUCACAAUCAAUGACACAACAGCAAGGCUAACAAUCAACAAAGACAUAUUCACAAACCCCAGUCACUCUUUACAAGAUUUAAAUCAGUUUUCCCACAUGUGGAUCAUUUUUGUUUUUCAUGAGAAUUCCACACACCCCAAAGCUAAGGUUUCACCACCAAGACUAGAUGGGACGAAAACUGGAGUGUUUGCUACAAGGUCACCACACCGACCUUGUCCUAUAGGUUUGUCAUUGGUAAAAAUUGAGAAAAUUGUUGAUAAUGUUGUUUAUUUUAAUGGCGUUGAUAUGAUCGAUCAAACUCCCGUGCUUGAUAUCAAACCUUACAUUCCACAAUAUGAUCAACCAAAUAUGAGGAAUAUAGAUGAACAUGAAAAUUUAGCAAUAAAUGAUUCAGAUGAGGAAGCAUUAGAAUUUCAAGUCACUGAGACACCUACGCCUGAUGAAAAUUUAGAAGGAAGAGGCGCUCCAGAUGGGGAAGAAAAUGGUACUGAAGCUAGUGCAGUUCCAUCCGCAAAGGAUAUAAAAGUACCUUCAUGGAUCGAAAAGGCACCAGUAACUAAACUAUCAGUAGUUUUUGAAGAAGAGGCUCUAGUGCAGCUCCGUAAAAUAGAACCAGAGUCGGCUUCUGAAAGUUGUAGACUUAUAUCCAAAGUUUUACAAGAAGAUCCAAGAUCAAUCUAUUUGAGAAAAAAAUGGAGGGGUGCACCAUACAAGUGGAGGAUCAAAAAUUUGACUCUAACAUGCAUCUUUAACAAUGAGGACCACACAGUUAAAAUAAUGAAUAUUUGUCAAGAUGGAAAUAUUGAAUGAAUACCAAUAAAUACUAAUUUCAAUAUAGUUUAUUCAGUUUUUCUUUCAAUCCAAACCUCUUCAGAAUAUCAACCGUUUCUAAAUAACUAACACCAUCUCUUAAAAUGUAAUACAUCCCAGGUUCAGACAAGUCAAUUAUUGUAGAUCCACUCCUAUUUGUGUUUGUAGUACCUCCGUCAAAAAUAGCUGAUACUUUAUCCCAAAUUUCCUUAAAUUCUAAAGGGUUCAAUGCACUUGUUUCACCACUCAAGUUUGCACUAGUUAAUGCCAGAGGUUUUGUCAAUCCUCUAGCUACAUCUCUAAUAAAAUUGUAAUCUGGUAUUCUUAUUCCAAUUUUUCCAUUUGAACAAAGAGAACUGUCUAAUUUAUUAACGCUAUUAAAAAUUAACGUAACUGGCCCAGGAAGGAGAUUAUUUAACAGGCCCUGUGGAAUAUUAUUAGUAUUUGCCCACAAUUGUACCUCCGAUAUUUCACUAAGGCAAAUAGCAACUGGUUUGUUUUUGUCUCGACAUUUAAUAUUAAAAAGUUUAUUGAUGGCUUUUGCACUUGUUGCAUCACAGGCAAGCCCGUAAAUAGUGUCUGUGGGUACAGCAAUAAUUUUGCCAAAUUUUAACAAAUCAAUGGCAUGUUUAACUGCAUCCGAUUUGUUUAUAGAGAUAUGGUCUGCCAUAGGACGACCGCGUAAUUGUCUUAAAUAUUUAGUAAUGUUUACAGUCACAGACAUUUGACACUUAUUAGUCUCUCCAGUUGUGUUUGCAUUCGUUGUUGCAGCACCGAUAAAAAGUUGUCAUAGGCUCGUCUGCUGAUCUUGUUUGUAAUUGUAAAAAGUAAGCUUUAUCAUGACUACAUUUGGGGCAUCUUUCUUCAGUUGAGUCCACGUUUUUCCAGGCUUCUUCACCUCCUAAUACAUCGUCGAUUU